ACGAGGACGCAGGCAACGGGGGCAAAAGCCAGGGCAGCGCGGAGAACACGGAGUUUCAUGUGCUGAGAAGUAUCGAGAGGUUUCGCUGGGCUCUUACUGGCUUGAGAGAUACUUCUAGCGAGGGAGAUACUAAAGCUGUCGUUGGCGUGCUGUCCCAAGCGUCGGCAGUUGCUGCCGGUGUUGGCCAUGGACGGUGGGGCGGGAGAGGAGGGGGCCUCUAGUCCCGCCGCUAUCGCCACGACUACUGCUGUGACUGUGGAUGAGGCGCCAUCGAGAACAACAAACGGUGUCGACAGCAGCACUGCCACAAUCACCGCCGCCGCAGCCACCACGACCACGGAGCCGACGGGCAGCGGGGACGGCGACGCUGCCGCCACCGCCGCCGCCGCUAAGAGCGUAGGCCUUGGCGUCGAUGGCCCAUCGUCCGACGCCCUCGUGGGGGCCGCCUCAAGCGAGAAGGAGGUUAACCUCUCCGCUGGGGCAAGAGUAGCCGCCGGGGUGGAGGGAACCAAGAUCAAGUCUCCGCCGCCAGUGACGCCGGCUGCGGAAAAGGAGGAGAAAAAGAAGCUCGAGGCCGAAAUCAACGAUGCGAAAGCCAAAACAGCGCGGGAUGCGGCGGCGGAAAAAGCGGCGGCGGAAAAAGCGGCGGAAAAGGCGGCGGCAGCAGCCGUCGAGAAAGAAGCGACUGAAGCCGAGACCGUGGCCAAGGGCAGCGGCAAGGCCGGGAAGCCAAGGGGCGGGGGAAGCGGCGGCGCCAGGGGCAAGGGGUCGCGGAGUGUAGGUGCCAAGGCUGUUGGGGGGGUGGGCAAGGGAGCCAAACGCGCAGCAGCAGCAGCAGCAGCAGUGGAGACGGACGCGGAGGGGGAAGAAGAGGGCAGUUCCAACAACACCAAAUUUACCGGCAAGACCGAUAAGGGCAGGGUGACGCCGAAAAAGUCCCCGCCGAAACCGUCGCCCAAGACUAAGACGAAGCUGGCGCAGGAGAAGAAGGCUGCAGCAGCGGCAGCAGUGGCAGCAGCGGAAGCGGCGGCUGCGGCAGCGGCGGCGGCCAAGGUGGAAGCGGGUGGGGACGAGAACGGCGGCGGCGCGUCGAAAGGCAAGGCUGGAAAGAAACCAGCCAGGACCAAAGGCACUGGAGCUAAGACUGGCCAGGCUCCGGCGACAGCAGCGAAAAGCAAGAGCGCCGCCGCGGGGGGGUCCAAGGCCACCGGCGGCGGGAGAGGUCGGGGGUGCGCUACAACCCAAAAAGUGGCAGCAGCGGCAGCAGCAACAGCAGCAGCAGCAGCAGAGUCAGAAGCGGAGAAGCGAGGCAGCAAGAGGGGAGCAAGCAAGAGCAAGAGCUCCCGCAAGCGAGGAGGAGCUGCCGCUGCGGAGAGCUCGAACGACGCUCAGGACGAAGGUGUUCCAGGAGAAGGAGGAGGAGCACCGGUCGACGAGCCGGAGGCUGAUGUCGAUGGUGCAGGAAGCAAUGACGAAGAACGGGAUGAUGGCUACUCUGAAAAACCACCGAGCAGCGCGUCGGUAAACACAAAGAGCAACCGAAGAUCGACCAAGAAAUGGAAAGUCUUGCCGAGCUCAUCAGCAGCAGCCAAGGCCAAACCAGCGGCCACCGUUGCCCCGAAAGCGGGUGCUGCCGCGGCUCCGGGGAGAGGGAAGAAGGCUAAGCAGCAGGCGGUGGCGCGGGCUGGUCCGCGAAGCGGUGGUGCUAAGAAGAGAAAGGCGGCAGCGGCGGUAGAGGAGGAGAAGGAGGAAGACGAGGAGGUGGAGGACGAAAACACCAAGCCCGUCGCGGCUGCUAGCCGGAAGGGUCGAGGAAAGGGCGCCGGCGGCGCCAAGGCAUCCGAGGAUGGGGGUGGCUCGAAGGCGGCUGCUGGUUCUGGGGACGACGGGGAGGGGGCGGCCGACCACCCGCCCGCCCCCGUCAAGGGCGGCAACGCCAAGAAGAACAAGAAGCAGAAAAAGGAAGCGGAGGAGGUCGGGGUCGACGGGGUGGAUGAACAGGAAGAGAAGGACACGGAGGGCGCGACCACGAAGCCCAUCGCCGCUGCUAUGCAUAGCCGGAAGGGUCGAAGAAAGGGUGCCGGCGGCGCCAAGGCAUCCGAGGAUGGGGGUGGCUCGGGACCUGCCGCUGGUUCUGAGGAUGACGGGGAGGGGGCGGCCGACCACGCGCCCGCCCUCUUCAAGCGUGGCAGCACCAAGGAGAAGAAAAAGGCGCAGAAGAAGGAAGCGGAGGAGGUUAGGGUCGACGGCGGGGAUAAACAGGAAGAGAAGGACACGGAGGACGUGAUCACGAGGCCCGUCGCUACUGCUAGCCGGACGGGUCGAGGAAAGGGCGGUGGCGGUGGAGCUAAGGUAGCCGAGGGGAACGGUGGCUCGAAACCGGCUGCUGGUUCUGGGGACGAUGGGGAGGGGGCGGCCGACCCUGCACCCGCUCCCGUGAAGGGCGGCAACGCCAAGAAGAAGAAGAAGAAGAAGCAAGAGGAGGAGGAGGAGGAGGAGGAGGAGAAAGCCUGGGUAGAAGACAAAGAAGAGGCAGAGUGGGAGGAUGGUUGCGUGGAGGACAAAGAGGAGGAGAAGAGAGAUAAAAAAGGGAGCGAGCGCGAGGGGGAGGCUGGGGGGUCAGCUAGGAAGGCCCGGGAAAAGGGGAAAAGAAGAAAGGGGCGAAGCCUAAGCCGCCAGCGAGGUACCGGAAAGGGCAAGGAAAGACGGGUCGUAGAGGAGGAGGAGGAAGACGACACCGAGCCAAGCGGUCCUCACGCCGACGGUAACGGCGCGGACGGUUCUCCUGGAGAGCGGUCCCGCAGCCCAUCGAUCAGCCUUAAGACGUCAGCUGGAGGUCGGCGGGCGGUCCGGGGAGCAGGAGACGACGACAGCGGUGACGGCUCCGAUGGAGGGGAGCGGGGGCGGCGGCGGCGGCGGGGGCGAACGCCUCCUGCCGCUGAUUCCAAUUUCGGGGCGAAAAAGAAGAAGAAAAAGAGGAACGGGAAGGACCGACGAGGUGACAAAGAUAGCGGCGAAGGUACGGGGGAGGCGGACGAUGCCGCCGAGGCACAAUCGUCGUCUUUUUCGCCGGCCGCGGCGGCGGUGGAAAAGGGCGAGCGGCGGCGGCGGGCGGCGGCGGUGGCGAUGGAGAGGGACGCUGACAGCCUCGGUGGCUCUGGGCAGAGGUCGCCCACCGCCGCCGGUACUUCGAGCAAGAAGAAGCAGAAGAAGAGCGGGAAGCGAAAGGCGGACGAGGCUAUCGGUGACGCCGGGGAUGCGAGAGACGAAAAGACGGCCACCGCUCGAAGGGUAUCGAAAGGAGGCUCUCAGGGCAAGAAGCGGAGGAAGGUCGUCAAGGAAGGAGACCGGAGGAGUCGUAGCCGCAGCCGUAGCCGCAGCUGGAGCCGGAGCCGCAGUCACAGCCGCAGCCUCAGCCUCAGCCUCAGCCGCAGCCGUAGCCUCAGCCGCAGCCGCAGUCACCCGCGUGAUAGCCGCGGCGGCCGCGGGCGUGACCACAGCCACAGCCGGAGCGAGAGCGCAAGCGAGUGGAGCGGAAGCGAGUGGAACGCUACCGCCGCCGCCGUUGUUUCGAAGAGUAGGGGCGGCGGCGGCGGCGGCGACGACGACCAUCAUCGCGCCAGACGGCGAAGAAGGCGCGGGUCCUCGUCGUCCGCCCGGCCACGGCGGCAGGACAGUAGGCGGAGCAGCUCGAGCGACGACGACGGCGGCGGGAGACGCAGACGUAGACGAAGCAGAUCCCGGAGCUGGAGCAGGAGCACGAGCAGGAGCCGCAGUUGGAGAGGCGGCGGCGGCGGCAAUGGUCGCGGCAGGCGCCGGGGUGAGCGGCUCGGCGGCGCCGGCGCCGGGGGGGGCGUCAAACGCCUCGCGAAGAGCAGCAACCGCGGCGGGGGGUCGGGAGGCCGUGGCGGCAGGGCGGCGGGUGCGGACGGCACCCGCCCCGGGCGUAGACGGCGGCGGGAUGAUGUCGAGCGGGAAAGGAGUGCGUCGUUAUCGUCGUCCUCGGAGGAGGAGGACGGCGGUGAGCGGCGUGGCCGUGAUCGGAGUAGUCGCGACGGGGACAGCAGGAAGCUCGGCGGCGGGAAGGGCGAAACGAGCAGGGGUACGGGAGGGGUUGACUCCAAGGGGAUGAUACCGAAGAAGAAGUUGGGCGAUGUGGGUGGCAGCAGCGGCGGUGGCGGCAGCAGCUUGCGCAACGAUCCCUCGAUGAUACCGCGGAAAAAGACGGCUCCGAGCAGCCAGAGCCAGAGCAGCAGCAACGGGCCUCGCGAUGACCGCAAGGCGGGGGGGGGGAGGAGGAGGAAAGGCCGAGGGGGGGGGGGUGGCGUUGGAGCAGCAGCUGGAGCAGGAGCAGGAGCAGGAGCAGGAGCAGCAGCAGGAGCGACGACAGCCGCCCCCGCAAGAGCGGAACCGUCGGCGGCAGCAGCAGGAAGAGGUCGGGCUCGAGACGGAGAAGCCCGUCCUACCGUCGAAGACGGCACCGGGAUUACAGCAGCAGCGACAGCGACACCGGAGGCCAUGGUCGCAGAAGAAGAGACUCCCGCCGUGUGGGCGGCGGCGGCGGCGGCGGGGCUUCGCCCCGCUCCCCGCGAAGCGACGACGACGAUGGCCGAGGCCGAAGAAAUCGACGGAGCCGCUUCCGGAGUCGGAGCCGCGACCGUAACUCCGCCCGGCGGGUCGUGGCCCGCGGAGCACCAGCAGCUCGCCCGGCGAGUGCUGGAAGAGAGGAGAAGGGCUGGUGGGACAGAGUCGGAAGGAAUCGUGGCGACGCCGAAGGUAGUGUCGCAAGCGGCGGCGGCGGCCAGGAGUGCGCUGGAGGCUAGAGCGGCGGAGGCGGCCGCGGUGGCGGAGGCGGAGGCGGAGGCGGAGCGGAAGAGGCAAGACGACCUCGAGAACAGGCUGAAGAAGAAGAUCCGGGAGAGCUCCGCCCUAGAGAAGGCCAGAGCCGACCACGCCAGUAUCACCGAUUCAGACCCGAUCGACAAGAUGGGCACGAUGCUGGACUCCAAGAGGAAUCGUUUGGACGAUUUCGCCGUCAAAGACUCUGAAGGAAGAGUCAUACGGGAGCCGAACGUUCCGAUGCUCAUCGAGGAGCUCAAGGGAGAGGAGAAGCCCAUGUCGUGGUGGGGCGUGAUGACCUGCCCGGACUUGCCCCCGCCGCCGGGAUCGCUACCCCCGCCACCGCCCCCACCCCCCCCGUUGGUGUCGAUGUCGCCACGGCACCCCCCGCCCCCGCCCCCGCAGCCGCAGCCGCAGCCCUAGCCGCAGCCGCAGCCGCAGCAGGUGCACCACCACCACAGCGCUCCUGCCCUUCACCACCACCACCACCAACAACCGGUGCACGUCAGUACCAGCGCGGUCGCCUGGUCUACCAGCUCGUGGCAGCCAGGAGGGCCGGACGUGGCUGCCGCAAACGGUGUCGGUGUCGGUGUCGGUGUCGGUGUCGGUGGUGGCAGUGGUGGUGUGGCGUAUGGCGGCGGCGGCGGCAGCAGCGCCAGCAGUUGUCAAGCCGUGCCGGUCAACAAGUACGCCUUCGACCCUUACGGCAACCGAAAUCAGCAGCAGGGGCAGCAGCAGCAACAGCAACAGCCGCCGCUGCCGCCGCACCCACACCAGCAGCAGUACGGCGGCCAGCAGCAGCAAUACCACCAUCAUCAGAUGCAGCACCCCCCGCAUCCCCACGGCUUGUUGAUGGCGGUGGGGCCGCCGCCACCGCUUGGUCCCCCGCCCCUCCCGCCUCCGAUAAUGCCUCCUCAGGGACCCCCGCCGCCGCAGGCGGGGGCCGGUCCAUUCGGGGGCGGGUAUGGAGGCGGCGGUCCCGGGGGACGAGGGGCUUCAAAUCCCCCCCUGGGGGCAUGACGGGUGACGGGUGCUGCCUGUUGUAGAUGUUGGCUACAGCAGUGUAGUGUGGCCGACAUCUCCUGACGAUAUUUUUUGUGUCCGCGCCGUCUAGUCGGUAAACGCAAGGUGCAGCACAGAUCAUGAUGUGGCGAGAGUUGGUGCUUCUUCAACCAGAGGGCGGCGGCUUGCAUCUGUUGGUGAUGGGGACAACAAGCCUGCGGUGGUAGCAGAAGCGUUCUUUUGUCUUGCGUGCUGAGACGGUGUGCGUGGGCGGGGUCUCGACGCUGCGUAGAGUGCGAGGCUUUGCGCGAGUACAGCUGUCGGUCGGUGGGUGUGUUGUGUGUUGUUCACUCGAAAGGCGGCUCUUUGGUGAGGUGCCUUGGCUCCCGGGGAGUGACUAACCAACCCACACACACAAGGGUUUGUCGAUCUCCCAAAUGGUGUGGUGGGGGGUAGGCGGCGGUUCCCAACUCCUCCGCGCGGCAGGGUCGUGCCUUACGAAGUGCUGUUGUCACGAUCCUCGUCUGCGUCCGCUUUACGUCGGCUUCUGCCAAGCUUAUAGUGCUAUGGACUAGCCGUCCGGUAUUUAUUCAUAUCGUAGCAAGGAUCCCUCGGACGGAAGUAGGUAGGCGGCACUGAUGGUGACCGCCGCGAAGAUGUUUGUUGACCAGCCAAAACGAGACGAGUGUUUGCUUGUAGCAUAGAUCCUUGUCCUGUUUUUUCUUUUUUCAACUUUUUUUGUUUCUUGUUCAUGUUGUUCGUGCCCGAAAGCUGUUGACGGUUGUGUGUCCGGGGGGUCCGCGUGGGGGGCGGUGGAGGGCAAAGAAUGAAGUAGCCUUGCCGGCAUCCGCCGUGGAAGACACGUUUGGUCGGCCGUACGAUAGAAAGUACCCUUGAUUUACUUCCCCUCAUAUGCGUGCGGGUAGAAACGGAAAUGGCGUCCUCUUCGUGGGUGUCGUCGCCGAAGGCCAUCCCGACAGCUGCUUUACCGCGGCAAGAGUGUAGCGCAAUUACUUGUGAUGUGUUUUUUGAAAAUCGGUUUUGUCCCCGCUUGUGCAUACAUACCACCACACUUUUUUUGAGGUGUUUCGCGCUUGGUUGUCGUGAAAACGUAGAUUUUUAUUUGGUGCCAAGCCCAUCGCCGCUCGUUUAGGGAGCGGAAAGCUUGAGUGAUUUCUGUCCGCCCGCGAAACGAGGAGGAAGGUUGUUGAACGUCAAUAAAUAUGGUCCGGAACCGCU